ACAGAUGGCGUUUUACUUCAGACGACAAGAAAUUUCUGUUUACAUCAUGGUGAUGCACUGAUGCAGUUUGAAAAAUUUUAUUGUUGAAUUCAUGCCAAUAUCUCUCGCGAUAAUAUUGCCACACGAAUAAAUGGAUACCAGAAAAAAAGAGCCCGAAUCUUAUGUCACGUACGGGACUCCUCUUGAUCCACUCGAGGAAGAUGAUUUAGCAGCGAAGAAACCAAUUCGAAUUGAAGAUCAAGAAGUGAGGGAUGAAAAUGGCAGAAGAAGAUUUCAUGGCGCCUUCACUGGUGGUUUUUCGGCGGGUUACUACAAUACUGUUGAUACUAAGGAAGGAUGGAGGCCUGCUGAGUUUAAAUCCUCCAGAAGUGACAGGCAAAAGAAGGAACAGAAACCACAAGAUUUCAUGGAUGAAGAAGAUCUUGGAGCCUUUGGUAUAGCACCUCAAGUGCUAAGAGCUAAAGACGACUAUGGUGAAGGACAUGUGUCACGAAAACGUUUAAGACCUGUCUUUGCAACAGCUGGAGCUAUUCCAGGUUUGCCAGCGUUGCACAACUUGCUUCAUCCAAUCAAAGACACAAUUGGAAUAAAGCUUUUACGAUCCAUGGAAUGGAAACCAAAUCAGGGUGUUGGACAGAGAUUGACCAAAAAAGCCAAGAAAGAAAGAAGGAAAAGACAUGAAGAGACUAGAAGAUACGGCUGUGGCAUGCCACCUGCAUUGAACCAGGGAGAGCAGCAGAAAAGUGAUGGAGAGAGUGGUGAUGAUUCUGACGAACAAUUGUACGCCCCCGACGACGUACCUUCCUUCGUAGUCAAACCGAAAACCAACAUGUUUGGUCUUGGCUACUCGGGACUGAUGCCUCAUCAUUCAACCGCUGCUGUUGCUCCAAAAAGUGGAUUUGUACUUUUCGAGCCGACCUUAAAGUUGACGGAUCGGAAAAAGAAACUUCAAAUUGCCGGCCAAGCUUUUGGUGUUGGGGCUUUCGAAAACGAAGAUGAAGACAUUUACACUAAAGAUGAUAUGUCACAAUACGACUUUGAAUUGGGAGGUGUGAAAACCAAAAAGAAAAACUCUCAGAUGCUGGCCUUACCGUGUUCAGAUAUCCUUGAUGGCUUCGUUCGAGCAGCGAGAAAUGAACCCAUUCACAAACGUUACCCUGCUCCUGUUAUUCCAAAGGAUUUCGUCCCUAUUCACCGCAGUAUCAACUCAAGAUUCGACCUGAAACCCGUCACUCAAGCUGAGCUGAGAGGAUUGGGCAGACACGAUCUCAAUGCCCAUCAGAGAGCCGCUAUUCUCAACGAUGUUUUGAGUAUGCCUCCUGAAACCCAACAGGCGUCUGAACCACCUAAAGCAGAGCCACCGGUUCCGUUGACUCCUGCGGAAGUCGUUGCCCAGGCAUUAAUUCAAAUCAAGAAGAAUAUCGCAGCACAACAAGAGAAAUCUGGCCAAGUCGUCCAGCAAGAAGCAGAACAGAAAGUUAAACUUUCUUUAGUUAAAUCUGCACCAGUAGUCGACCCUGAUAAAGAAGCAAAAGUUACUAAAUUGAAGGCUUUUAUCGAAAGUUCUCGGACUAUUUCAUCUUUCCAGCCCUUCGCGAGAGAUAUGGACAAACAGUACAGAUUCGAGGCCUUCUGUAUUCUCUCCAAAAAUAAAAGACUCGAAGAAUUCCAUCUUCUCCAGCCAGAUAGUAUGACUGCAUGGGAACGUGAACGUGAAGAGGUCGAGUUUGAUAGGUCCCUAACGCUUUAUCGGCCAUUGACUGCCACAAUGCAAAAUCGAUUCACUUCAGGUGGUCACGUCGAGGAGAAUAUUCAAGGCGGCUUGGUAGCACAGAUUGAAUCUUUUCUACCACAAGAAACUCCUCAACCUAAAAAGAUUCCGGUCGUAAAAGAUCCAGCCAAGCAAGCAGCACUCCGGAAGCAUUUUGGGCCACUUACUCGGAAACGAAUUCAAUGGAAACCUGAUCGUUUGCUUUGCAUUCGGUUUAAUGUCCCGAAUCCUUUUCCUAGUGCCGGAGAUGCUCAAGAUUCGGCUAAAUUUGUUGCUAAAGGCACGUCUGGAUCCAAGUUUUCCAUCUUUGAUGUGCUGAAUGCAGUACCGCAAGCCGGUCCCUCAUUCAUGUCGUCUGGCUAUGAGAAUAUUCCUUCAGGUCCAGUUCAAGGACCAGCCAACAAAGUUCAAGAACUCGAAUGGGAUAAAGCUGAAAGAGGAGAGUUGGAAGAGAAAGCCGAACCAGAUCUCGUCCCAGAUGUUGGCCUAUCUGAGGAAAUCAAGGAAGAAACAAAAGCAGUGGAAGUUCCUUACGAACGUCCUCCAAUGGAUGUCUUUAAAGCCAUUUUCGCCGACACUGAUUCAGAAAACGAAGAAGAAGAGGAAGAAAAGGAAGAGGAGAAUAAAGAAGACGUUCAAACUAGCAAGAAGAGUGAACAACCAAAGCCACCAGUCGUUGAAGAUAUUGACGAUGAUGCCUAUGGUCCCCGAUUACCAGUCUCCAGUGGUUCAAACAAGGUGGCAGUUGUUAAUUUAGCUGCAAGUCAGGAAGCCAGCAGCCACGUUGAAUGGGUGGAACGCAAAAAGGAAGAGAAAAAGAAGAAAGACAAGAAGGAUAAGAAGAAGAAGAAGAGUAAAAAGAAGAAAGAUAAAAAGAGCAAGAAACGAAAGAGACGCCAUUCCGAUGUCAGUUCGAGCAGCAGCGAUGACGAAGUGGAUGACGUUGAAAUAUUAAAGAAAAUUGUUGCACUGAAGAAAAUGCAAAAACUUUAAAUACAUUUUAAUUUUCCUGACGUUCGAUACAAACCAAUAUCGCGUGUAUUAAUUAAUCAAAUGGUUGAGAUCCUGUCAAUAUCCUUUUUUAUUUUAUCUUUUCAUAAUUAGUUUAAUUAUUUUUCACCACUUUCCCCACAAGCUACACAGUUUCCAUGAAAUCCAACAAGAAGCGCAAGAGUAAGCUGGGCAGUCUUGUCCUUGGUCUUGUCUUCGAUUGCAGAUUGAGUAUUUUCCUACCAAUGAAACAUUUUCCAGAAUCCCUUUGGUAGAUCCUUGGCAACCGCGCAUGGUAGGAGAGCAGACAGCUGAUCCACCAAAGUUUAUAACCAAUCUUCUGUCAUCACUGCUUGUUUCGGCGACCUAUCUGUUCUCAUCCAAUCUUCCGGGAAUACGGCGUGAUGGCUUUCAGUAUAUCAUCGACGGAACAUCUCGUCGUAAAGGCCAUGUGUUGGCGGAAAGAGAGUCGAACUCUACGGUGAAUUCUCACGUUGAGGAACCUCCGCGAGCUGUUCCUACCGAAGUUGUCAUGAGAACUCACUUCACUAGACUCGUUCACGAAGGAGACGAUCAGGAUCUCGUUUGUAGUUGCAAACUAUUGAAUUCACACACUCUCUGGCUCAAGAACGGAGUCCAGUUGGAAAAUGGCGAAAUCGUGGACAUUGUUUCCAUGCAGGGCAGCGAUUCGUUGUUGAGAUCGACGCUGACCAUCAGAGCGGCCGAACAGUCGGAUAAUGGAGUGUACACUUGCCUUUUCAUCAGCGACACGGGCAAGACCUCGCUGAAGACAUUCGACCUUUUGGUGACGGUGCCGAGCCCCAUCAAAGCGGUGGGCGAUUUUUUGAAUCAGCGAGGAAUUACGGCAGUCAUCGGCGUCAUGGCCGCGCUCAUCAUCCUCAUGGCAAUCGCUACCGCCUUGAGUUACACGUCUGCAUUCACUUGCAAAAGGAGAGAAGAAUCAUGUGCGAAAAGUCCUUCCGAACUCUCGGUGGGUGGCCAUCAUUCCGACCCGUUCGUCCUUGGCACGGAUAACCCAAAAAGGAUUUCACCGACAUCAUCGCCAGUGUAAAGAGAGAGAGAGAGACAACAAGUCCAUCUUCAAUCAGGAAACCGAAGGGAAAACUUGUCCUCCCCGCACGUGAAAAAUGCAAACCAAAUUCUUAAUUUAAACACGACUGUGCCAUUGAAUUCUCCGUGUUUUGACGUGACUUGAAAUGACGUGAUUUCAGACAAUUUGUUUGAUUUUGCCCCGUUUCAGUUUAGUUUGAAAAUUCGUCUGCCUUUUUUUUUUACCUAAUUUGAAUGGAUGUUAGGUUCCUUUGCUGUAUAUUUAACUUUCAUUGCCAUUUUUUAAAUAUAGUCUUUCAUCUUUUGAAA